GUGCGAAGUUGCGUCAUCAGCGUGCGACGCCCGAAUCCCUAGCGAUAAGCUGUGUCUCGUUAGCUUUGUUUACUAAUGCGUUUGCGCCAAAUAGACAUUUUAAGACUCUACAUUUUUGGAGUCUGUUUUUAUUUAAUGCAUUUUCUUUGACGACGGAAAUGGACUGAUAGAUUUUAAAUUGUUUUCUUUCGAGCUGAAGAGCGAAUAUCUGGGGAACGAAAAGCUCUAGUCAGCUGCUGGAGUUCAUCUGUGUAGCUCUGUGCUGGAGAUACUGUGGUCGAAGAUAAAAUAAAUAUAUAUAUAUAUAUAUAUACAUAUAUCGGCAGGAAUCAUGACUUUAGAUGGGAUCAGCGUGUCGUUUUUGAAGUACGAGCUCGCCUCUACUAUUGACCAGGCGGUGCGGUGCGCAGUGGACACGGUGCUAAAGGAAACGGCGCGGAUUGUCGGCGCGAGGCUGACCGAGGCGCGUGAUGCCGCCGCAGAGUCCCGGCGCGAGAACCGGACCCUGCGCGAGAGACUCGAGGUGUCCGAGAGCGAGCUGAAGGCGGUUCGGUACUACAUGACCGCCGCCGAGAAAAACAUAAAGCAGUGCUUGCUGUUAAACCGAAACCGACCGCCAUCCAGCAGCGCCGGCGCCGAGGACCUCCAGUUUCCCACGGAAGCGACGCUGGAGAGCAGGGAGUCGUCUCAGAAUCAUCUGAAGACCUUCAGGAACUCCUCGGGAAGGAGUCACAGCGCUAAAACCGUGCCCAGUGUCGGCCUGUGUUUACCCACGGUGCAGUCCGACUGGCCCCGGAGCGUUAUAAACCGACGGAGGAUGCGUGCGAACACCGCGUCCUUCAUAACCGACACGUCGAGCCGCAUCCCGGUGGAGUCGGACCCUGUGCAGGACAGGACCGAGGAGCACACAGAAGAUCAGUUCUACAUCUCAGAGGAAGGAGUGAUCGAUAAGGAGUAUAAGUCUGCUGCUGGUGCAGUGCAGGAUUUCGGGAGAGUGCAUCAGGAGGAACAAGACGCUGCAGGAGCGUCCGCGAAGGCCCCCGAUGAGCCGUGCGACAUCGGCAGGUUCGAGUUUGAGAUGGGCGCGCCAGCGGGUAACGUCAACGAGCUGAGCCUCAUUCAGGUGAUGGAUGCCAGCGAGGAGAUCAAGCAGAACUCUGUGAAAGUCGAAGACGAAGCUGACGUUCAGCCGUUAGAUCCUCCGCCUAUAGCUACGACCUCCUCUUCCUGUUCGAGCACUCAACCCCAGAUCAUCUCUCCUCCCGUGUCUGCUGGCGAAGUGGAGGCGCCUCCGGGUUUGAUGCCGCCCGUGGAGGCGACUGACAAAGUGCACCGCUGUAACGUCUGCGGCCGAGGUUUCCGCCGCUUCUACUGCCUGAAGACGCACCAGCGCAUCCACACGGGCGAGCGGCCGUACCCCUGCCGCUACUGCGAGAAGCGUUUCCGCCACUUGGACAGUCUGCACAAGCACCAGCGCAUCCAUACCGGCGAGCGACCGUACCGCUGCGCUCAGUGCGGCUGCUGCUUCCGCGAGCUGGGCCAGCUGAAAAAACAUCGACUCAAACACUCGCCCACCUCUGCCGCUCCGCCUGCCCACCCUGCACUCUCCCUCCUCCCCACUGGAGCCUCCUACACCUGGCCACACUUAAACUCCCAGUCUAUGGAUAUGGUCUGAGUGCUCAAGCCUCCUGAACUACACAAAUUACAUAAACCCAAGCUUAUUAUGUGCCUGAGAUCCAAAAGUUUCAAGUCUGCUGCAGACGCAUAGUAGUAGCAACGAAUGUUCAAUCUCAUUUAAAGCUGAUGUACACGCUGUAUUGUAAUGCAGAACUCGAACAAAGCCAGAGGUGCCUACAUCUGUGGUUUAGCAGGAGCAUAGGAGAUAUCUGGAAAAAUAUUCAAAAUCCACCCAGUGGAAAAGCCAGUUCACCGAAGGGGAAAGGGUUCAAGAUGUGAAAGACGCAAAAAUUUCAUUUAGUGGUUGUUGCUUUGGAUUCGCAAACCAACUAACCAAUACAAGUGGGCGGGGCUUCGGAUGUCCUAUUUAAUCAAUAAAAGAAAAAUCCAUUAUUAUCGCUUACUAAUUUUUACUAGAACCUCUAAAUAUGUACUGUGCUGCUUGGGGAACAUCCAAAGAAUAGCCAUUUCAUCCACAGAUGAUAUUUUUUCGUCUUCAUGGUAAAAUUCAGUUUCAUCUCUCUUGUCUUAUUCACCAUGUUGGAACCUCUUGCUGGUGUUUCCAGUGUAACCUUGAGCACAUAACACGAGCAUGCGCAUGCUGCUUAACUAGAAUGCCUGAACGCUAGUGCAAGAGAUUCCCACGCAGAUGCCUCCUUUAUUCUGAUUCGUCGGAAGUUGGCGGGUCAUGACGUUUUUAUUUUUUAAGCCAGGGGCGGCAACAGAGACUGGAAUGUAAGAACCUACAUAAAAAAAAUACUGUAUAUGAACAAAGUUUACUGUGAACAAAGACGCUAGACAUUACAUCGAACCGUACAGACGGAGCUUUUUAGCACCUUUCCGGUGCAAAUCACCCCCGACAAAUGGCGAAUGAGCUGAUUUUAUUGUUUCUAUAGCAACCAGUGAUUCAUAAAUUGUACUGAUUGUAGCUGUGAUGUGCAUCGUGGUUAUGUUUUUGCUUGAAAUGCUGAUGAUAUUAAAAUCUCACUGAUUGCA